AAGGCUGUAGGCUUGAUGCAAUGCAGAAAGCAGAAGAACUACAUGAUGUUUGUGUCUUGGUCAGAUCAGAACAACAUUCUCAUCUACCGGACAUUUGAAGACUUUAAGAGAUUCCAUAAAGAGCUGAAGAAAAAAUUCCCCAUCGAGAGCGGCUCACUCAGGAGAUCUGACCGGACAAUACCCAGGUUUAAAGAUGCAAACGUGAAGCAGAGGAAGAGUGGGAAGCUGAGCAGGUGCCUGGAGAUACUGAAACUGCUGGAGACUUACUCCCAGGAGCUGCUGAAAACGGAUGCUAAAAUCUCCCAGGGUGAAGACGUGAUUCAGUUUUUCAAGGCACAGACCCAAGACCUAGAUCCCUCCUUUCCUGAAAACAGUGUUGUGAUAAUGCCAUCAGAAAUCGGAGGGGAAAAGAAAAACCAGCCGCAGCAGCAGCUCUCCUCUAUUACACAUCCCCAGGCAUCCCAGAGCUACAGAUGCAUCGAAACCUUUGAAACCAAAGACACAAAGAACAAGACUUUCAAAGUCGCCAAGAAGGAAAUCAUUGAAGUGUUAAUCAAGGACAUGACUGGAUGGUGGCUAGUGGAAAACGCAGACAAGCAAAUAGCCUGGUUCCCAGCCUCGUACCUGGAAGAGAUUGACAUCCACAAGGACAUCCAGCAUGCCUUGAGCUCAAACGAGGAGGGCAGCCUGUACUUUGUUGUGCGGCCCUAUGAGUCUCAGAAGGCAGACGAGCUCUCGCUGAACAACGGCAUCGUCGUCGAGGUGGUCAGGAAAUCUGACAACGGCUGGUGGCUGAUCCGAUACAACGGCAGUACCGGCUACAUGCCCUCCAUGUGCCUCCAGCCCUACAAGAAUCCUCACCACAAGCUCCAGACCAUCAUAAGCUGCGGGCUCAACGUCUCCACCCCAAACCUCUGCUCCUCCCUGAUGGCUCCCCAGCCCCAAGGUGAGGCUGCGGCACAGCACAGGGUGCAGGCUUGCUCUUCCUUUGACCGGACUGAAGAGGAAGAGAACUCUCUGAGAAGCAGAUCGAGGUCUCUGCCCAGGGCCAGCUCCACCCCGGACCUGGAGUCAGACAGCUUGUCCCUCAGCUCGGGGAGCAGCAGCGAGCGGGACGGCCGGCUGAGCUGGAAGCCUGAAUUGUCAAGAUCUCUGCCCGAAGUCGAGCAGGCCAGGAGCUCUCCCCUGGGGCAUGCCUUGGCCACGCAGAGCAGCAAGUCUCCACACCUCACCCACAAGGACAGGAACGAUUCUGGCUUUGUGGAGUCAUCUGCAGCUGAUCUCAGUUACUCCCUCACUGACCCAGACUUGGCCACUUGUGUCCCCAAGGUGCCCAUCCGCCCCUCAGCCCACGAGAUCCUCCAGAAGUGCAGCACCGUCACGAAGCGAGCCGUGCAGCAGUCCUCCUCCCGGCCGGCCCUCCGGGCUCUGCUCCCUCUCGCGAGCAUGCACUAGUGCCCCCGGGGCAGGGGGCACGGACCUGGGCCCUGGGCCAGCACCACAACCGAGAGCCAGGCACUCUCCUCGCCCAAGUCCCCCAGGAGCCGCGGGCAGCGGCGCGGGAGUGUCAGGGCUCGGGACUGUCGCUUUCCGAGGACACGGUUAGAUCCGGAGGAACACGCAUGCAGACAUUGCUUCCCUGAGUAACGCCGAUUCGUGCUGCAGCUUGCACAGGGAGGCCGGGAAACCAGGAGAGGAUUUAGUGCUAUAACUUAUCAGGGGAGUCCCGGCAGCUGCGGAUCUGGCAGCUCCUGUGUCAGUUAGAGGUCACUUCAGACCCAGUUAGUUCUCCCUCAGGCAGGUAUUUAUCCUGCAAGGUAGUAUGUGAAAAUUUCACAAUCGUUCUCGGGUUAUUCCCCCGACGGGGCUGGCCAGCAGCGUGCUGCAGCCACCCUGGAGAGCAGGGGCGUGCAACCCAGACAGAGUAAGUGACAGAGUCACCCACGAGAUCCAGAGCUACGGUUAUUGGUAUCGGGUAGGGGUGGGAUGGUGCAGCCACGUGCAUGUCAUCUGAACCCCCUGUUUUAUAUAUAUUUUUUAAACUCUUUGAUUUUUGGUGGUUUUUGGGGUUUUGGGUGUUUUUUUUUUUCAAGGUUAAAUCAACUUGGCUAGUGGAGAACUGGCCAUCAAAUAUAUGAAUCGGCUCGAUCUGCUGAAUGGCUGUGAGAACAAAAAAAACCCUGUUGGCUAGGAACCUCAUCUCUGACCGUUCCCUGCAGUGAUGUCUGUGCAGGCACAGAAACAGAAAUGGUUGCAGUACAGCUUGUUUCCCAACCGGGUAAGGGGGCCAGAGCUCAUUUUUGUGAACAAACCAUUCCCCUUUCAAGGGGGUCUGAUAGUUACUGAAACUCACAGCAAUCCUCAUCCUAAACUCAUUUGCUAGAAUUGAGUUAGAAAAAUAGUUAUAGGAAAACUUAAGACUUUUAUAUUGAUUGCUACCUUUAAUUUUAAUUAUUUCUCCAGGUAUCUUAAUUUUUUUUUUAAACAAGCAAUUUAACCAACUUGUGAGGUGCUUCUGUUGUUCUAAAUUUUAUACCUUUUUGUCUCUAAAAUAAAAUACACUUAAAUAUC